CUCGGUGCUUGGGGCGGGAGCGGCGGCUUGGUGGCUUUUGCCCCUUUGCCCUGCCAGGGCUUGGGCUGAGGGGCUGGGCUGGGGGCCGGAGCCGCGUCGCCUCCCUUGCACCUUUCACCCUGCCUUCCGAGGCAUUGAACUGGGUCCCAUCGGGAUCUCUAGCCCCCUUCUCCAUAUCACCCACCGGACCGUAGCGCCCGAUAGCCGCCCCAGCCCAGCCAGGAGGUCCGGGCCCCAUCUGUCCCCAUCCCCACCGCAGUCACAGGUCCUCUGAGUCAGCUCUGUCCCCUGCCCUUUGUCUGGUCGCCCCGAAGCCCUCGAAGCCACCUCACCAACCCUUGUAGCAGCCGCUCUUCCCUUGUCUGGUCGUUGGUGGUUGGUUACCAUGGUGAAGCUAGCAGCCAAAUGCAUCCUGGCAGGAGACCCAACGGUGGGCAAGACCGCCCUGGCACAGAUCUUCCGCAGUGACGGAGCCCAUUUCCAGAAGAGCUACACCCUGACAACAGGUGUGGAUUUGGUGGUAAAGACGGUGCCAGUUCCUGACACAGGCGACAGCGUGGAACUCUUCAUUUUUGACUCUGCUGGCAAGGAGCUGUUUUCUGAAAUGCUGGAUAAACUGUGGGAGAGUCCCAACGUCUUGUGUCUCGUCUAUGAUGUGACCAAUGAGCAGUCCUUCAACAACUGCAGCAAAUGGCUGGAGAAGGCUCGGUCACAGGCCCCAGGCAGCUACCUCCCAGGUGUUUUAGUGGGGAAUAAAACCGACCUGGCCGGCAGACGAGUGGUGGAGUCGUCACAGGCCCAGGCGUGGGCACUGGGCCAAGGCCUGGAAUGUUUUGAAACAUCCGUGAAGGAGAUGGAAAACUAUGAGGCCCCUUUCCACUGUCUGGCCAAGCAGUUCCUCCACCUGUACCGGGAGAAGGUGGAAGUUUUCCACGCCUUGGUGUGAAGGGGCUGAGCGCCUUGUUCCUUGUGACGGUGCAGCAGGGACCACUGUGAAGCUGGCAGGGGCUCUGUCUCCUUGGAAGCUGAGAGGAGAUGGAAUUGCUUCUGUACUUCCAAUACAUCAUGACAGCUUUAAAUAAAAUUGGAUGAAAUGUA